AUGGCGGAGUUCCUGCCUCUUUGCGACGUGCUUUUCAACGUGAUCUCGCUGGCGGGAUAUUUCUGCGACGUCGUGUUCGACGUGGUCAUGGGAUAUGCCCUCCUGGAGCGGGGCUAUAAAGGCACGUUCGCAGCGACGAUAUCUAUCGUUGUGACGUCAUUGCUGAUAUCUCAGGUGCUGUCACUUCGGUGGUAUUUGCACGUGUGGUGGGCGGGAGAAGGUCGCAAGGGUCGACCACCCUGGCUCCCGAUCCUCCUGCACUGCCUGCAGGUUGGCGUUCUGUGGCGGUACGCGCGUCUUCUUGUUCCGGUGGAGUUGCGUCGCGUCAAACACCAAGUGCGCGACCUCUGUAUGCUACGCUUGGUGCACGCGUUCUGCGAGGCGGCGCCUAUGCUACUCCUCCAGCUGCACAUACUGCUCAAGGAUUCGAACCUCGAACCGCCCAACGAGCUCGGCGUGACGCCCGAGCCGAGUAUAGACGAACCGUCGGCCAACAAAGCCUUCGCCGAGCUGAACGUGAUAUCGGCGUCCCUGUCGAUGUUCUCCGUGUGCUGGGCUCUCGCCAGCUUCAGCAAGAACGUGCGUCUCCAGAACGUGCACCGGCUGGUGCUGACCUGGCUCGGCGUCAUCUUCCAGUUUCUGUGGAGGCUGGGAACUAUCUCGGCGCGAAUUUGCGCCCUCACCGUGUAUGCUCUAGUCUACGAAUAUUGGGUCUUCUUAGUUAUAGGUCUACACUGGGUGUCGAUGUUCCUGUGGCUGAUAUCGCCCAAGAACGUGUUCCACGGCGAGCGCAUCAGCCGGCCGCGAAAGGCGUACCUCUCAGCCCUCAUCGCCUUCGUCUACGUCUUCGCGUACGUCAACCUCCAGGAGCUGAACCACCGACAGAAGAUGGUGAUCUUCUACUGCGUGAUGUGCGUGGAGAACUGGUUGCUGGUGACCGCCUGGUGGUGGUCGGGCAGGGCGGCGAGACCGGCUGCCACGGCGGUGGCAGCCGCUGCCGCCUUCUGCGCCGGAUUGGGCUUCAUGCUGCUCUACUACAGGUAUUUCCACGUGCGGAGAUUGGGCUACAUGCUUGGCGAACAUCAACAGGGCACGAACAGUACAAAUGCAUCGUCACAAAACAAAAACGGCAAAGGCUCUGCGGCGGCAGACAACACCGCCAUACCGGGCGUGUUCAACUGUCGCUUCUCGAACCCAGUCAAUAACAGCGCAGCGAACGGUCGCAAGAAGAAGAAGCCGACGACGUUUGUGCCCCCUCCCGCCGCCCCGCCGGCCGCCUUCUGGAGGCGACCCCUCGCCGCUGCCCACAACCACCACGGUGGGUCGUCGGAGAACGAGGGCUCCAGCGUCGGCUCCCGCGUCAACAUCCAGCAGAAGCUGCAGGAGAAGAAGCAGAAGCAGCUCGCCGAGCUGCGCGUCAUAGAGGAGGAGAUCAAGCAGGGCAAGCUGGCCAAGACGACGCCCGUCGCCGCCGAGGAGAUCUACAGCAGCCUGCAGCGGCAGCCCAUCCCCAGGGCGAAGACCCACGCGGAGCCGCCCGCCUGGCCGAGCGUCGAACUCGCGCACUCGUACCAGAACUACCCGCCGCACCCCUGCGCCCUCUACACCACCUACACCGAGAUCAAGCAGUACGCGCAAGCCUUCGCGGACAGCGAGCCGGCCGUCGACAAAGUCCGGCUGCCGAGCCUCUACAGCCCCGCGCCGAGGAGCUUCUACGAGGACCCGAAUGUGCGUAGCGAGCGCCCACCCCUCCGCUCGCCCAACUACCUGGCCUUAAGCGAGGCCAGAGGCUACGAGCCGACUCGUAGCCCGAGGGCCGUCAACAGCCCGAGGGUCUACGCCGACCUGAACGGCUACGACACCGCCAACGCUGAGCCGCGCCAGCAGAACCCGAACGCCAGCGUAUACUCAGAGGGCCACAGGGUCAGCAUGGAGUACAACGCCUACGAGGCUCAAGGGUACGGGAAGUAUGCGGAGGGAAAGGAGGAGUAUAUAUCGGCCCUCCACACUGCACUGGCGACAGUCCAGGGCAUCGACUCGAGGGUCUACAAUGAGGUCGGCUGCAACCAGUACGGACAGAGCGAGCGGCCCUUCCCCUACCAGCCUGUGGCUAAGAAGGCCGAGCUGAUGAGGAAGAUGCAGAGGUGCCGGACGCCGGAGAUUCUUCUAGCACCCCACUAUCUGGAGGGCUGCAGCAGGCAGGUUUGCUGCCAUUGGAGCGGCUCCUACACCAACAGGAAAAAGGAGGACGGCGUCGGUGUGGGCGUGGGCCCAGGCGUGGGCGUGGGCAGCAGCGGCGAGGAGUCCAGCCCCGACGGGCCCGCCAGAGACACGCCUAGGCCGCCGAGUGACAUCGACAGUCAGAUAUCCCUGCCUCGCUCGUACACUCUGCCCCGCGAGUUCCGCUACUGGCGGCGGCGGCCGAGGUUCCGGGACGCCCAUGUGCCGAGCAACAACAGUAGCGACGGCGACGUGGACAGCGGGGACAACGACAGCUCCCGCCAGUCGGACUGUUCGGGCGCGUCGCAGCCGCAGCCCACUCGCGCCGACCGCCGCCCGCGCCGGCCCCACGCAGCCCGACACAAGCCGGAGACGGAGCUC